CUCUGCUUCGGCUAGUAUGACUUUGAAUUUUAGAGAAAGAAGGAACUUUUAUUAACGAAAAAUUUAGCCAUGCCCGCAUUUAAAGUUAAGGUAAAGUGGGGCCGGGAGCUCUACACAGACAUCGAUGUAAACACGGAUGAAGAGCCGAUAUUGUUUAAGGCCCAAUUGUUUGCGCUCACUGGCGUUCAACCGGAUCGCCAGAAAGUUAUGUGCAAAGGAGGCAUACUUAAGGAUGACCAGUGGAACUUGCAGAUUAAGGAUGGAGCUGUGGUGUUGUUGCUCGGCAGCAAGGAAAGUGUCCCCGAAGUGCCUACUACGCCGGUCAAGUUUAUAGAGGACAUGAAUGAAGCGGAAGCCGCCACAGCGAUGCGCUUACCAGCCGGUCUAACAAAUCUCGGCAACACGUGCUACAUGAAUGCCACUGUUCAGUGUUUAAAUGCAGUGCCUGAGCUUCGUACUGCCUUAACCACUUUCAGCAAUGAUGGGACUGACACCAUAUCGACUGCAUUUUCCAUAUCUUCCGCCAUGAAGUCUAUAUUUGCUCAAAUGGAGAAGGGCACCACCGUAACGCCGAUUGUCCUUCUGCAAGCAUUGCACCGCGCAUCGCCGCAGUUUGCUCAGACUGGCGAAAACGGCACUUAUAGGCAGCAGGACGCCAACGAGUGCUGGGCGGAAAUACUAAAAAUGUUGCAGCAAAAGAUUCGGCCAGUUAACCAGGACCCAUCGAAUACUGUCCAAAAACGACACAGCUCAUUUAUCGACCAGUUUUUUGGUGGAACCUUCGAAGUUAAGAUGAGCUCGGAGGAGGUUCCCGAGGAACCCUCUACCGUAACAUCGGAGAAUUUCUUGCAGUUGAGUUGCUUUAUAUCAAUGGAUGUGAAGUACAUGCAAAGUGGACUAAAAUCCAAAAUGAGAGAGCAGUUGGUGAAAAAAUCAGAAACCUUAGGACGCGAUGCAAAGUACAUUCGAACUUACUUGGUGAGCCGACUUCCUGCCUAUCUUACUGUUCAGUUUGUUCGUUUCCAAUACAAAGGAAAGGAGGGUAUUAAUGCCAAGGUGCUAAAGGACAUUAAGUUCCCCAUUGAUUUUGAUGCCUUUGAGUUGUGUACUCCAGAAUUGCAAAGCAAGUUGUGCCCGAUGCGUUCGAAAUUUAAGGACUUAGAGGACAAGAAAAUGGAAGUUGAUGUUGUUAAACCCAAUGAGGUUAAGGAAGAGAAGGACAUUAAGUACGAGCAGUUCUGGUUCGACGACGACUUGGGCAGCAACAAUUCAGGCUACUACACCUUGCAAGCAGUUCUGACUCAUAAAGGUCGAUCGAGUUCCUCGGGACAUUAUGUGGCCUGGGUUCGUUCCAGUGGCGACGUGUGGUUCAAAUUUGAUGACGAUGAGGUCUCGGCUGUCGCCACAGAUGAAAUCCUGCGGCUGUCCGGAGGAGGAGACUGGCAUUGCGCAUAUGUCCUCUUGUAUGCUCCCAGACGUUUGGAAAAAAUAUAAAUAAUUGUGUUAACGUCAUUACAUUUGUAUUGUUAAUAUAAUAAUUCUGAAUAAAUAACCAAAACCUUAAGGGUAAUUAAUUAA